AUGAGUCAUGAAUGUGAAACACCUAAUAAAUCUGGAUGCGCAUUUAUCGGAAACAUGGACACUCUGCUUAAGGAGAAGAUAGAUGGUAUUCUGCAGAUGGGAGAAGGAGUCAAAGCGCUUUUGUUUGACGAGGAAACAAAGGGAAUGAUGAGCAAUAUAAUACCUCAUUCCAGGUUUCUUGAAAAUGACUACUUUUUGUUUGACAGCAUAAUGAACAGGAAAAGAGAAAGGAUUCAGGGAAUAACAUGCAUGGCAGUGAUACGCCCAGAAAGCAUCAAAUGGCUUGUUGAGGAGGUUUCUGACCCAUACUAUGAACGGUAUAUAGUGCUGUUUACGAAUCAAAUCGACUCUUUGAUGCUUGAAGUGCUGGCUACAAGCGACAUCCACUGUGUUGUUAGUGAGGUACAUGAGAUAUACAUCGACUUUUUCCGGCAGGACGAGUUUCUGUACACGCUGUUUAGGCGCGGGUCGGAAUCAUAUGAGGGCAGACAGUGCAGAAGAAGAGCUGUUGAUGGACUGUUUGCAUUUGUAAUGAAUAUGAAGAAAAUUCCAACAGUGUUGGUGCAGAAUGGAUGCAGAGGCCUUUUUGAGGAUGCAGAGCAGCUCACUGAAAAGCUGUCUGGAUAUAACUACGAGCAUGGAGGAACAGUGAUUAUACUAGACCGAGGAUUCGAUAUGUACACUCCGCUAGUGUAUGAGUGGAGAUACCAGUCGUUGCUGCAUGACCAUGUGAAGUAUGAAGAUGGGGUCGCGAAGGUUGGAAAGAAGGCAUACCUGGUGGCCGAGGAUGACUUUUUCAACGAGUGCAAGUUUAAGGACAUAAACGAGGUGUCUGAGAUGAUAAAGGGGCUUGUUAAGAGGGCGGAGGUCAAGAAGCGAAGGCUCCAGAGUCUGAUAUUUGAUGAUCUUGAAGAAAAUACAAGGAUAUCACGGCAGAUAGAAGCACAUCUUGCAUUGCAUGCAUACAUAUUGAAAGCAAGCCUGAGAUUGAAAGAGCCUAGCGAGAUGGAGAUGGAUAUUCUGAGGGGAAAAGCCAUAGAUAAGAAUGAAAUAGCCAACUAUCUUUUGAGAACAGAUGUUUCUAGUGUUGAAAGAAGCAAGCUUCUUGCCAUUUAUGCACUCAAGAAUGGAAAGGACUUGCAGAAAGAGGCAAAGAAUUAUCCGGAUCUUGUAGAUGGAAUAGAAUGCUUUUUGAAGAAAUACCCGCCAAGCAUGCAAGCAUUUAUGCCAUAUAGCUACCGUUUCGACGAUGAUGUUGAUGCGAAGCUUGGAUACCAGCCUGCUGUUAAAAGACUUGUUCGCCAUUGGUGGGCAGACAGGCUUAAUGAUAGAUAUCUUUCUGUUGUAAGGAGUACAGAAAAUCCAAAGGACUUUAUCGUAGUGUACGUCCGGAACGGAGUCACAUAUUCUGAGUACAGAGCACUAUACGAAUUCUACAAAUCCAAGGUCUCAGACCAUUCAAAAGUAUAUGUUAUUGGAGACUUUAUGGUAUCUUACAAAGACAUGUUUAUUUAA